AUGAUUGACAAGGCGUUGACAGUGUUCCUAGGACAGGCCCAGGAUGCUCCAAUUCCAUUCCUAGCAUUUGUGGCCGCGGCGUCGGCACUGCUCUACCUCCUCAUCACCGAGAUACAACGGGCUCAGGUACGGAUACCAGGGUUCAGUGGUCCAUCGGGGCUGCCUAUGAUCGGCAACCUUCAUCAAAUUCGAGUCAACGCCGCCGAGCAAUAUCGCCAAUGGGCCAAAUCCUACGGACCAGUCUACCAGAUCAUGUUGGGCAAUGUCCCUGUCAUUGUCGUCAACGGAGCCAAGGCAGCAAGGGAGAUCUUCGGUGCCAACUCACAGGCCCUGGCAUCAAGACCCGAAUUCUACACCUUCCACAAAGUCGUCAGCUCCACCGCGGGCACAACUAUCGGUACAUCCCCCUUCAGUGAGAGCUUGAAGCGGCGAAGAAAGGGCGCCGCUAGUGCGUUGAACAAACCCAGUGUUGCCACAUACAUCCCACACAUCGACAUCGAAACCCGAGACUUCCUCAACGAGUUCCUGACCUACGGCGAGGCAGGCACCAAAGCAGUCGACCCAAUGCCCAUGAUCCAACGGCUCUCGCUCUCCCUAGCCCUGACCCUCAACUGGGGAAUCCGCAUGGCCUCACAAAACGACACACUGUUCGGCGAAAUCACGCAUGUCGAGGAAGAAGUCUCCAAGUUCCGCUCCACCACCGGCAACCUUCAGGACUACAUUCCGCUCUUGCGCCUCAACCCAUUCAGCUUCGGCAAGGCGAAGGCACGCGACAUGCGCCGCCGCCGCGACGUGUACCUGAGGAAGCUCAACGCCGACCUGGACGACCGCAUGGCCAAGGGGACCCACACGCCGUGCAUCCAAGCGAACGUCAUCCUCGACAAGGACGCCAAACUCAACGCCGAAGAACUCACGUCGAUCUCGCUGACCAUGCUCUCUGGUGGGCUCGACACGCUGACCACGCUGGUCGCCUGGUCGAUGCCACUGCUGGCCCAGCGCCCCGAAAUCCAAGCGAAGGCCCUCCGUGAGAUCCGCGCCGUGUACCCGCAAGAUCAGAUCCUGUGCGACGCGAAUGACGACCAGUCCAUUCCCUACAUCUGCGCGCUCGUCCGCGAACUGCUGCGGUACUACACUGUCCUCCGCCUAUCCCUACCGCGCGGCACCGUCAAAGACGUAGUCUACAGCGGGCACACGAUCCCCGCGGGUAGCGUCGUGUUCCUCAACGCCUGGGCAUGCAACAUGGACGACCAAGUGUGGCACGACCCGGAGGUCUUCCGGCCAGAGCGCUGGCUCGAGGUCCCCGACGCGCCGCUGUUCACGUACGGCCUGGGCUACCGCAUGUGCGCGGGCAGUCUGCUGGCGAACCGCGAGAUGUAUACGAUCUACUUGCGGCUGUUGUCCGCGUUUGAGAUUAAGGACGUCGUGUCUGAGGACGGCUCGCGGUUCGAGACGCACCCGGUCAAUGGCGUCGAGGAUCAGACGCAGUUGGUCAGCGUGCCCAAGCGGUAUCGCAUAAGGCUUGUUCCCAGGGAUGAGGGCGUGCUAAGGCAGGCGUUGGCGGAGGGCGUAGCCGGGCAUUGA